AUGUCGAUAUGGCUUGUUCUGGUUGCCAUAGCAACCCCGUCGAGCGGCGUGGAAUGUAACGUUCCGAGCGAAACCCCCUGGAGGGGAUUUGCGGUGAGUUUUUCGCGGGAAUGGCGGAUUGAUGCCGCGUGCAGUACAUACUUCGAUUGUUACGGCGUCAACGCAACACUGGAGAACAUUGCACAACUCUGUCCUGUAGAAAUGCAAGAAGGCGACUCCCUGUAUUUGAAUUCUUCAUCAAACCCCUUUUUCCCGGAGGUAAAAGCUGUCAACGUGUCAGAAACUGACUUCGUCAACUGCCCUACUGAUUAUACACAAGACCAGCUCCUAUUUGGCAACACUUCUACAGCAGGAAUGUCGCUGCUCGUAGAUUCAAGAUUCCUCGCAGUCGGAGUGAACUAUUUCGCACAAGUUCCAGACGACAGUUCUCUUUUCGGCCGAUGCGAUUUGGGGUUGAGACUUAAUGUCACGGUAAAAACGAGAGAUUGUGAACCGACGAGUGCAGACCCGGAAUGCAGCAGGAACGGUCGUUGCGUGACACGGCCUCAAGAGGCGACGUACAGCUGUGCGUGUGAGGACGGUUUUCUCGGAGUCUACUGUGGGGAGCAGGAUGGUUGCUAUGGCAACCCGUGCCUGUACGGUACAUGUGAGGAUGUGCAGGAAGGACUGAGCGGAAAUGACUACACCUGUGUCUGUAAGAACUGUUCAGAGCUGAUAGACUUGUGCACAGAGGGCGUGUGUAACAACGGCACCUGUGUGAACGGUACUACUACAGACAGCCACUACUGCGUCUGCCACCCAGGCUAUACUGGUCCUACUUGCAACAUCAUCAUCGACUUGUGCGAAUCAUCCCCCUGCGAAAACAGUGCUACCUGUACUCCUGUCAUACCACUGGACUACAGCUGCGAAUGUGUGGCUGGUUUUACAGGCAAGGAUUGCGAGGUGGACAUAAACGAGUGCGGGUCCAACCCGUGUAGUAACCGCGCCACGUGCGUUGACCUCGUCGACGGUUACAACUGCGUUUGCACGGAAGGUUACUCGGGAGAAGAGUGUGACGUCGAAAUCAACUUCUGCGAGUCACAACCCUGCAAGAACGAGGGAACAUGCAACCGUGUACUGAACGGCUACACGUGUACGUGUGCGUCGGGUUUCACCGGGCCAACAUGCGAAAUACCGGACCAUCAGUGUGAGAGCGACACGUGCCAAAAUGGCGGACAGUGCUUCCCGGUCCCUAACGGAUUCGAGUGUCUUUGUCAGCCGGGCUGGACAGGAGAUUUUUGUGAUGAACGUCAGAACUACUGUGUGGACAUUAACCCUGACGUGUGUCAGAACGGAGGAAUAUGUCAGGAUACGAGCCUGCCGGAUGGACCGCCCAGCUACAACUGCACCUGUUUGCCUGGGUGGCAGGGUAGAGACUGUGAGGUGGAGACAGAUGAGUGUGAAUCGGACCCCUGCUUAAAUGGAGGAACUUGCUUCGAGGCUUUCAACUACUUCAACUGUACAUGUGUGCUUGGUUACAAUGGAACCCAGUGUGAGAACAACAUCGAUGCCUGCGAGCUCGGCGGUACACCGGAGGAGAAAUGUCUGAACGGCGCGACGUGUCUGGACUCAGACAUCGGGCUGGAGUACACCUGUCUGUGUGUCCCAGGGUUCAUAGGUUCCAACUGUAGCGAGGAGGUUUUGGAAUGUGAGUCGGAACCGUGCCAGAAUAGCGCCACCUGCCUGGAUCUGAUUGGUCGAUACGAGUGUAACUGUACUGACGGGUUCUACGGUGUCAACUGUGAGAGCGACAAGGACUGGUGCGAAGAUGAGCCCUGCUACAACAGUGGUACCUGUAUCACAGUGCUGGGCUGGUACCGUUGCGAGUGCGCCCCUGGCUGGUCGGGCGAGAACUGCACCGAGAACAUCGACGAGUGUGUGAACAACACCUGCCAGAACGGAGCCACCUGCCAAGACCAGAUAGCCUCCUACAGCUGUGAAUGUGCUGUGGGUUUCAACGGUACGUACUGCGAGAACAACAUCGACGACUGUGUCUCCGUUCCGUGUCAAAAUGGCGGCACUUGCCACGAUCAAGUCAACGACUUCAGCUGCACUUGCGCUCCUGGUUUCACGGGGAAGGAUUGCUCCACUGACAUCGAUGAUUGCGAAUCUUCGCCAUGUGAAAACGGCGCCACCUGUACGGACUUGGUCAACGACUACAACUGCACUUGUGCUCCAGGAACUGUUCGGUAA